CGAACAACGUUCCUUGACGUCAAAAUACAAUCUGCAAUGUAAAAUGAAAUUAUGUCCGGUCAGCAAUUCAACCGCAAUUUCGGUUUUGCAUCCAUCUUCAGAAAAAGCCGGGGUGGGGCGCCACCAUUCGCUGUGGUACGUGGUGAUCGAUCGACUGCAUUGUGUUCGCACCCGUGAAUCUUCAUUCGCAGAUCCUAUAGCUGCAUGUAAGACACUCUGAUCCUACAACGUGAACAGAUAUCGUUUGAUAUCAUGCCACACACCCAUGGCUUCACUGCAUCUUGUCGGAAACAUAUGCUACUGGAUUCCUUGAAGAUUAGAUAGCGCUUAUCAAUACUGAUGUGGGUUGUGUUUCAACGGCUUUCUGGUGGAAGCAUCUCAGUGGCUUGCUAGAGGCUGCAAUAUAGGAUCGAUAAGAAUCACCCGAAUAAGCUCCGAGAGGAGGGAUGUCAAAAUUGUUCCUGUCGGGUAGGCCUAGAAGGGGUUGAUAUUCUAGACAAAAACCUCGUUCUUCCAGAAACCUGUAGCACUGCACAGAGAAAAAAGGACUUUCUUCCCUCCCUCUCAUCAUCUCUUCUCGGAUCACUCGUACUGACUACGUUUGGUGCUUCGUUAAACAUCUCACUCAAAGCCUCGCAGUGUGGAAAAGAAUCAACUUAUAACCACUUAAGAAACAUUUCAGAAGAAGAUAUGGCUCUCCCGGCAGUCAAUGUUGAGUACAAGACAAUUGAUGGCGUCACUAUCCGAGGAUUGUUGUAUCCGACGGAGGUGAAAGCGCCUGCCGUUAUCAUGACACACGGAGUAUGUACUUCGCAAACUAGCAUUCAACGAUGUGUUAUUUGUUUUGAUUACUCACAUAAACUUAGUUUAACUGUGUCAAAGAAAUGCUCUUGCCAGAGAUAGCCAGGAAGUUCCAAAGCAUAGGUUACAAUGCCUUAAUUUAUGAUCCACGGAGCAUCGGAGACAGUGAUGGGCUUCCUAGAAACCAGAUCAGUCCACUGCAACAAUCUGAGGAUUUGUCAGGUCGGUACACUUCUAUCAAUAACAUUAUGCUGUUGUACAGUGUAUAGCUCUGGCUCACAAUUUGGUGUCUAGACAUCUUAACACACGUCUCAUCAUUGCCGAAUGUAGAUUCGCGUCAGCUCAUACUUUGGGGUAUGUCCUUCGGAGCAACUGUGAGCGCUUGUACAGCAGCUGUGGAUAGGCGAGUAAAGGGACUCAUCAUGGUGUGCCCUCUUUUUAGCUUUUCCAAACCAGAAAGACGGGAAAAGGCUAUGGCACAACUCAUUAGGGAUCGGCAGUCACAGUUGCGAGGUAAUGAAGCAUUUACACUGCCUCCCUUCAAUAGCAAAGGAGAAAAUCCGAUGGGCUUCGGUGGAUCAGGAGGGCCAGGUGGAAUGGAAGCCUAUAGCUUCAUGUCUGCAGUCAUUGAUCGAGGGGCACCAAACUUCCGCGAUCGAAUCACGCUACAAACCUACCACAAGCUGUUUGUGUUCCGUCCCAAGAUUCUGCUUGAUAUGGUUCAGGCAACCACUUUGAUGAUCGUUCCCGAGUUAGACAAUAUUUCCUCUCCAGAUGAACAAAUAGAAGCUUUUGGACUUUUACCAAAUCCGAAAAAGCUGUAUAUGGCAAAAGGCAAGGGGCAUUUAACUGUUCUUAGUGGAGACAAGUCGGAGGAAAUUUUGGGUGUCAUGACAGAUUUUAUGGAUGCAGUUACUGAGAUUGGGGCAUGAGCCGGGAAUUCGUUUUUCCUAUUUUCACAGGUUUUGCGGACAAGUAGUUUGGUGUAAAGAGACUAAUAAGACUACUGUUUUGAUCGUGAUAUUUUAAAAACAUCCAACAAUCUCAGACUUCGUAUCGAGCUACCAUCAUGUAAGAUUAAAAUCUC